AGAGAACAAAAGUGGGAAUAUAUUAGAUAACCUGUUAUCUCGUAUGGAACAGUAUGCUAAUAACCUGGAAACACUUGUUGAAGAAAGGACUGCUGACUAUCUGGAAGAGAAAAGGAAAGCUGAAAAUCUUCUCUACCAGCUUUUGCCAAAAUCUGUGGCUAGUCAACUAAUUCAUGGCCAAUCUGUUACGGCGGAAGCAUUCGAUAGUGUCACCAUUUACUUCAGCGAUAUUGUUGGAUUUACAUCCUUGUCUGCCCAAAGCACACCUAUGCAGGUAGAGACUAUAGGCGACGCAUAUAUGGUUGUGUCUGGACUUCCUGUGCGAAAUGGAAAUCUCCAUGCUAGAGAAGUGGCCCGUAUGUCUCUAAGGUUAUUAGAUGCUGUACUAUGCUUUACCAUCAAACAUCGUCCUAAAGAACAAUUGAAACUGAGGAUAGGAAUACACUCAGGACCAUGUGCUGCUGGCGUUGUGGGACUUAAAAUGCCAAGAUUCUGCUUAUUUGGUGACACUGUAAAUACAGCAUCAAGAAUGGAGUCUAAUGGAUUACCUUUGAAAAUCCAUGUCAGCAGUAGCACAAAAGAGGUCUUAGAUACCUUCAAAACAUUUCGACUGGAACUCAGGGGAGAGAUUGAAAUGAAGGUGAGUAAAAAUAAAA